AUGCCUCCGCGUACCAAGCCUUCGAAGGCCGGCCUCGGCAAGGCUCUCAUUAACCGCAAGGCCAAGGAGGCUCAUGCGCCAAGAGAGUCGCAGCUCUACACGCUCGACGACAACAACCCGCUUGCUUCGGUUACGCAUGAGCGUGACCUUGACCAGUUCCUGGCCAACGCGGCUCUUGCAGACCAGGACUUUACAACCGAACGCUCCAAGAUUCGCAUCAUUCAGCAGGUCGGCGGCGUGAUGCCGGUCAACCCAUUCCUCCUCUCAGCGGCUGAGGAGAAGCGAGUUGAGAAGAAGCAGGAGGAGGCGCGGAAGGACCUGCACGUCCCUCGGCGACCCGCCUGGACGCGCGCGAUGACCCGCCUAGAGCUCGAGAAGCAGGAGCGCGAGUCGUUCCUUGACUGGCGCCGGCACCUCGCGCGCCUAGCUGAGGAAAACUCGCUACUCCUCACCCCUUUUGAGCGCAACAUCCAGCUGUGGCGUCAGCUGUGGCGUGUCAUCGAGCGAUCGCACCUCGUCGUGCAGAUUGUCGACGCGCGCAACCCCCUCGGCUUCCGUAGCGCCGACCUCGACGAGUACGUCCUUGACGUGGGAAGCGACGAGAUGGGUGACGAGGUCACUGUUCCCGGCAAGGGCAAGAGGCGGAACUUGCUGCUCAUCAACAAGUCGGACCUGCUCACGUAUGAGCAGCGCUGCAUGUGGGCGGACUACUUUGAGAAGGCCGGGAUCAAAUACGUGUUCUUCUCCGCUGUUGCUGCGGCGACUGCGCAGGAGGAGCUCGACGAGAAGGAACGUCGCGAGGCGGAAAUGCAGGACUCAGAGGAUGACGCGGACGCCGAUGAGGACGACGAGGAGGAUGUGGAGGAGGACGUGGAGGAGGACGAAGAGGAGGACGUGGAGGAGGACGAAGAGGAGGACUCGGAAGACUUUGAGACUGAGAGCGAGGAGGAACUCGUUCCCAAGAACAAGGGCAAGCAGAGAGCCACCCAGGAGGACGAGGAGAUUGCCGACGACAUCGCCGAGGCACUGGAGCGGGCCAGGAUUGAGGAGACCAUGGCACCCCCUGAGCACAACGAGCCAGCACAACCGGAAUCCGACCGCACGCGCGUGCUCAGUGUCGCCGAGCUCGAGCACCUGUUCAUCACCUCGGCCCCGCCUCUGUCCGACUUUGCAACGGAGCGUGACCCCAACCCGACCAAGCUCAUGAUCGGCCUCGUCGGCUACCCCAACGUCGGCAAGUCCUCGACAAUUAACGCGCUCAUCGGAGCGAAGAAGGUUUCCGUCUCCGCCACGCCAGGCAAGACGAAGCACUUCCAGACGCUCGUCCUCACGGAGAACAUUACGCUUUGCGACUGCCCCGGUCUCGUGUUUCCUCAGUUUGCGAACACGCAGGCCGACCUGGUCUGCGACGGUGUCCUUCCCAUCGACCAGAUGCGCGAGUACUCGGCGCCGGUAGACCUCUUGUGCCGCCGCAUCCCGCGUGCUAUCCUCGAGGGGACGUAUGGUAUCCGCAUCGACGUUAAGGAGAUCGAGGACGGCGGUACUGGCAAGGUCGGGUGGGAAGACUUCCUGAGCGCGUAUGCGAUCGCGCGUGGCUUGACCCGCUCAUCGUUUGGUAUGCCUGACACCUCUCGCGCCGCCCGCUACAUCCUCAAGGACUAUGUCAACGCCAAGCUCCUCUACGCGCGCCCGCCUCCAGGUAUCGACUCUGAUGAGUUCAUGUCCACGUCCCAUGAGCGUACCCUCGAGGCGCUCGCGGCGCAGUAUGCCGCUGGCCGAAAGAUGCAGCCCGAGACGCACGUCCGCCGCGACGCCGACACAUACGUCGCACCUUCGGGGGCGUCCGUCGCCGCCUCCAAGGCAACAGAGGAGGAGUCGAAGGACCGCGAGCGUGCGUUGACCAACAAGAGCGUGCGUCAGUCCGCAGCCACAGCGCCUAUGCGCAGCGGCAAGGUGCGCGCGACUGCGUUCGACAACUACUUCUUUACGGAGGGUGGGCCUGCCCCGCGCCCCGUCGUCAAGGGCCGCUUGCAGGGUGCGGCGGAUGCGAGUGAGGGUGGGCUCUCCCACACCAAGUCGAUGAUCUCGCCGCACCAGCGCCGCCUCGGACCAGACGGCAUGCCGCUUAUCGACGAAGGGCCGGUUCGCGUCCGCAAUAACGGCAAGAAGCACUUCAAGGUCAAGGAGGGAAAGAAGCGCAGUGGGCGAGGAUACGACUAA